CACUCAUGUUUACUCUGUUUCACUUCUUCAAAUUCAUUAUGAGUAUAUAUAUAUUUUGUUCAUGAUUGAAUUAGAAAAAGGUCAAGACUUUGAUCAUUCAAAUGGGGAACAUGGGUGUGGAAGAGUCGAGCCAAAUUCAGAGAGAAGAGGUGGCAAAUGAGGCGGUGCCAGAGGAAGACGUAAAGAGAACUCCGCCGUGGAGAAAACAGAUCACAAUCAGAGGAAUUAUAGCAAGCUUACUGAUUGGGAUCAUUUACAGUGUGAUAGUAACGAAGCUCAAUCUCACAACAGGACUCGUUCCUAAUCUCAACGUCUCGGCAGCUCUUCUUGCCUUUGUGUUCAUCAGAACAUGGACGAAGCUGCUUCAAAAGGCCGGGAUUGUCUCAACUCCGUUCACUCGACAAGAGAAUACCAUAAUUCAGACAUGUGCAGUGGCAUGUUACAGCAUUGCUGUUGGAGGUGGCUUUGGGUCAUACCUGUUGGGAUUGAACAAGAAAACAUAUGAGCAGGCAGGGGUUGAUACGGAGGGGAAUCCACCAGGGAGCUAUAAGGAACCUGGGGUUGGUUGGAUGACUGGUUUCCUCUUUGUAGUUAGCUUUGUUGGGCUGUUGGCUCUUGUUCCUCUCCGGAAGAUCAUGAUAAUAGACUACAAACUAACUUACCCUAGUGGAACUGCUACUGCAGUUCUUAUCAACGGGUUUCAUACAAAUAAAGGAGACAUGAUGGCCAAGAAACAGGUUCAUGGGUUCAUGAAGUUCUUUUCUAUUAGUUUUCUAUGGGGUUUCUUUCAAUGGUUCUAUUCUGGUGGUCCACAAUGUGGAUUCUCUAACUUCCCUACAUUUGGGUUGCAAGCUUGGAGGCAAUCAUUUUACUUCGAUUUCAGUAUGACUUACAUUGGAGCAGGAAUGAUCUGUUCCCAUCUUGUGAACUUGUCGUUGCUUCUUGGAGCUGUGCUCUCUUGGGGGAUGAUGUGGCCGCUGAUAAGUUUGCAAAACUGGUACCCCAAAACUUUGCCAGAAAGCAGCAUGAAGAGCCUUAAUGGUUACAAGGUUUUCAUUUCUAUCGCUCUCAUCUUAGGAGAUGGACUCUACAAUUUUCUCAAGAUACUAUUUUUUAUCUGCCAAAGCAUAUAUGAUAGAUUGAAGAAAACAAGACCCACAACAUGUGCAGGUUCAGAUGGCAUGAAUCAACCCCUAGAUGAUCUUCAACGAAAUGAAGUAUUUGUAAGAGAGAGCAUUCCCUUGUGGGUAGCCUGUAUUGGCUACUUGUUUUUCUCCAUUAUCUCCAUCAUUGUGAUCCCACUCAUGUUUCCUGAGCUUAAGUGGUAUUAUGUCCUUGUUGCGUAUGUAAUUGCACCAUCCCUUAGCUUCUGCAACGCUUAUGGUGCUGGCCUAACUGAUAUGAAUAUGGCCUACAAUUAUGGAAAAGUGGCUCUCUUUGUGCUUGCCGCCUUGUCUGGGAAGGAUCACGGUGUAGUUGCCGGACUUGUUGGAUGUGGUCUGAUCAAAUCGAUUGUUUCCAUUUCCUCUGAUUUGAUGCAUGAUUUCAAGACUGGCCAUCUCACCUUCACUUCUCCUCGAUCAAUGCUUCUUAGCCAAGCCAUUGGUACAGCCAUAGGUUGUGUCGUUUCUCCUCUUACAUUCUUUCUCUUCUACAAGGCUUUUGAUGUUGGAAACCCAAAUGGCGAAUACAAAGCACCUUACGCAAUCAUAUAUAGAAACAUGGCAAUACUGGGCGUCGAAGGUUUCUCUGCCUUGCCCCACCAUUGCAUGCAACUUUGUUGUGGGUUUUUUGCCUUUGCCAUAGUUGCCAACUUGGUAAGAGAUUUUUCUCCUAAGAAAUUUGGAAAAUGGGUUCCACUUCCAAUGGCUAUGGCCGUGCCUUUCCUAGUUGGGGCUUACUUUGCAAUUGAUAUGUGUGUGGGCAGUUUAAUUGUAUUCGUGUGGCACAGGCUCAAUAACGAGAAGGCUGGUUUGAUGGUUCCUGCAAUUGCAUCAGGCCUGAUUUGUGGAGAUGGGUUGUGGAUUCUCCCAUCAUCAAUCCUUGCUCUGGCCAAGAUUCAUCCUCCAAUCUGCAUGAGAUUCUCUGCUACAAAGAGCAUCUGAGAAAUAAGAAAAAAGGUUUAGAGUUCGAAUAGGACGACAAUGAAGAAAUUGUAUUAGGGUCAAGAAGAAUAAGUAGUAACAGGAGUAAUCAAUUAUGUAUAUGCAGUUUUGGUAGAGUCUAGACAUGAUAGAGAUGCCCUGACUCCAAGUAGAAGAUAAUAUAUCCAAGAGGGUUUGUCAUGAUUUUGUGUAUCCAUAGCUUAAAGUCUUCAACAUAGCACAAUGCUCAUUAGAGUAAUGCUAUAUAUAUAAUAAUAAAAAAUCAUACAUAAAAUAUAAAU